AUGCAGAGCUUCAUUCAGGUCUCAGCUGACUCUCACUUCCCAAUCCAGAACUUGCCUUAUGGCGUGUUCAAACCAACUCCACAAGCAACACCAAGAGUCGGAGUUGCCAUCGGUGAUCAGGUCUGUGACCUCUCCGUCUUGGUUGACAAUGGUCUCUUCAAUGGUCCACUCUUGAACCACACUACAGUGUUCCACAGUGACUCACUCAAUGCCUUCAUGGAGUUGGGAAGAGAUGCCUGGACAGAGGCCAGAACUACUCUUCAGAGAUUGCUGAGCAGCGACAACGCAGAGAUCAGAGACAACCAGACCCUUCGUAACAUUGUCUUCUUCCCUCAGUCAAACGUCACCAUGUUACUGCCUGCUCGCAUCGGAGACUACACCGACUUUUAUGCCUCCAAGGAGCACGCCACCAACGUUGGCAUUAUGUUCCGUGGCAAAGAGAACGCUUUGAUGCCAAACUGGACUCAUCUGCCCGUUGGCUACCAUGGUCGUUCCUCAAGCAUCGUCGUGUCAGGAACCAACCUGCACAGACCCCAUGGCCAGACCAAGGGCGAUGAUGACCCCGCACCAUCCUUUGGUCCAUGCAAGCUUCUGGACUUUGAGCUGGAGAUGGGCGCCUUCAUUGGCACCGGAAACAACCUUGGUUCUCCAGUCCCCAUUGGCAAGGCCAAGGAACACAUCUUUGGACUCGUCCUUCUCAAUGACUGGUCGGCUCGUGACAUCCAAAAGUGGGAGUACGUCCCACUUGGACCAUUCUUGGCAAAGAACUUUGGUUCUACUAUCUCUCCAUGGAUCGUAACUCUUGAUGCCCUUGAGCCAUUUGCUGUCCUUCCUCCAACUCAAGAUCCAACUCCAUUGGGAUACUUGCAAGAGUCUGGCAAGACCACCUAUGACAUUGAGCUGACUGUUGCAAUCAAGUCACCAAAGAUGGAGAAGCCAGCAAUUGUUAGCACCUCCAACUUGAAGUACAUGUACUGGUCCCUCACUCAACAAUUGGCUCACCACACCAUCAGUGGAUGCAACCUCAGAGCUGGUGACAUGUUGGGAACUGGAACGAUCAGUGGACCAACACCAGACAGCUAUGGUUCAAUGUUGGAGCUCUGCUGGAAGGGUACCAAGACAGUAUCACUUGGAAGCGAGGAGAGGAGAUUCCUUCUCGACGGUGACACCGUUAUUAUGAGUGGUGUUUGCAGAGGCAACGGAUACAACGUUGGAUUCGGUGAGAGUGUCGGCACAAUCUUGCCAGCCGUCAACCUCAACUAA